AUGGUGGAGAGAUGGAGACCAGAAACUCACACAUUUCAUCUUCCAGUAGGUGAGUGCACCAUAACUCUGGAAGAUGUAUACUACAUUUUAGGAUUAAAUGUUUCUGGUUUUCCUGUUAGCGGUUCAAAUUUUGUGAAUAUUAAAGAAAUUUGUCACGAUUACUUAGGAGUUAUCUCACCUCAAGGAGCAACAAAAGGUAACUCUAUUAAAUUAAAGUGGCUCAAGGAUACGUUUGACGAUGUUGGUGAAAAUGCAUCUGUAUUAGAAAAACAAGCAUCUUGUCGAGCAUACAUCCUACGUAUGAUUGGAGGGUUAUUGAUGUCUGACAAAUCCAACAACCGGUAUCGUUUGUCUUGUGUCGCUCCAGAAUCAUCCAAUCCAUGGAUAUUUCCACUUGCACAAAGAUUUAAUUCUGGUGGUCUAAAUUUCGGUAAAGUUCCUCAUAAUGACAUAGAAGGAUACCGAAAAACAAUUGAUCAUAUGAUGGUUGACGAAUUCUAUUGGAGACCUUAUCUCAUGUUCCAACAUGAAGUUUCAGAGGAAGAGAUGGUCACUUGGACUGCAUGUACCUAUCUGCAUUGUUUUCAUAUUGUUGAAAAACAUCAUACAGAUAGGGUCACACUUCAGUUCGGCUUCCAUCAACAAAUACCACAACCACCGGAGGACAUGAGAGCGUACCAUGAGGUCGACAUGAGGCAUGAGGUUGAUGAUAACUGGAAUUGGGUUUGGAAGGAAGAAAUUCAACAUUGGAAUGAGCGUCACAAUUACGUGUUGCAAAGUAAGAUCGUAGAAGAAAGUGGACUUUUCUAUAAUUUGUUUGGAACUCAGUGCACAACUCCUGAAACAGCUGGUAGUGGUUCUAAUCCACCUACAACUAACGUUCAAGAUAAUGAUCAGGAUGAACCAGAAAACCUCAACUCGUUCAAAGGGCUAAACGAGUUCGACGAAAUCCUAGAUGUGGAACUGGAGGUCAUUUAG